AUGGGCAACGAAGCCAGCCUGGAGGGCGGCGAGAGCCUGGCCGGGCUACCCGAAGGUGUGGCCGGGGCCGCGGCGGGGGACCUGAGCCGCUUGAGCCCGGAAGAGCGCCGGCAAAUCGCCGCCGUCAUGUCAAGGGCGCAGCAGGCGCUGCCCUCAGGAAAGACCGCCGGCUCGGAGCCGCCGCCGCCGCCUCCCUUGACAAGACCCGCCCCACCUGAUGGCAGUGAUCAUCCCACACACCAGGGCAAGCCUCCAGAUCCUGGGCCUGCCACACUCACAAAAAGCAAAACAGUUGAUACCCUGAAAACGGAGCAACGGGUCCCUGGAAGAAGCACAUCGUCCAUGAGUUUGAGAGAGUCUAAAUCAAAGACUGACUUAAAAGAGGAUCAGAAGCCAACUAUGAUGCCCAGCUUUCUCUCAGAUGCCAACCCGUUUGGUGCAGUCACAUCAGUUGUAAAUAAAUUCAAUCCUUUUGAUUUCAUCUCCGACUCAGAUACAAACCAAAAUGAAGCCUCCAAGAAAGCAAAGCCCCCCCAAAAGGAACAGGGUAGAACUGAACCACAAGGGGGGCUCUCCAAGCAGCCUCUGCCACAUUCAUCUCCCAAGCCAAGUGGUCCACAACAUGGGCCUGUCAAACCGGCCCCACAAAAAGCAGCACCUCCCAAGCAGGCGCCGCAGCCACCACCACCACAGCAGCAGCAGCAGCAGCAACUGCCUCCUGGAACGCCUAGGCAGAGCCAGAAACUGCACUCUGGCCAAACCACAGUGGAAGCAGGACCGUACCCAGGACCACCCUCGUCCCAGUUCCCAAAACCAGAGUGGACGGGGCCUGCAAGACCUUCCCCCCAGCAGCCAGGAGCUGAAAGGCCUCCCGGUGUGGGCCUGGGCAAAACAGCCUCCCCGCCCCCUGCUUUCGGAAAACCAGCUGCCCAGCAGGGAGCGGCUCCUCCUAAGCAGGAAGCUCAACAGCCGGAAGGGCCUACGAAGGCCGAGCCAGCAGCAUCCACUGAGCCACCACUGCAUCGUUUGACCGGUCCCACAAAAGCAGCCCUCCCCCAGCCUGGAGGACCUGGAAAGCAGUCCCCUCAGCAGUCUGGGCUCCCGGCAAAGCCUCCCGCCCAACAGGCUGAGCCCACUGUUCAAGUCCAGCCCCAGACGGGGCCUACGAAACCUGGUCUUCCACUGUCCAGACCUUCCCAGCAGCAACCUGUGGCUCCGUCACAACCUGGAUUACAAGCCACAAAGGUCACCUUUUGCUCACUUUGCACAACCACCGAACUCCUCCUGCAGGAUCCUGAGAAGGCCAAUUAUAACACUUGCACCCAGUGUCAAACCGUUGUCUGCAGUUUAUGCGGCUUUGAUCCUAAUCCUCAUAUAACAGAGGUUAAAGAAUGGUUGUGUUUAACCUGCCAGAUGCAAAGAGCUUUAGGGGGGGACUUAGCUCCUGCUCGCAGCUCUGGACCUUCGGGACCCAAGCAAGAAACUCCAGCCAAAGCAGCUUCCCAACCGCCGCCAGCAACAAAGAAGAAAGAAACGGCUCUAAAACACGAAGCGACCAGGUCCUUAGAGCAGAAACAGCCCCCAGUGCAAGCAAAGCAGCCUGCUCUGCCCAGGCCUUCUCCUGCAGAACCAGAGGCUCUUCCUGCUGAACCCAAGCUGUCAGGAUCCACCCUGAAGCCCGGCCAGGCCAAGCUGUCAGGAAGCGAGGAUAAACAGAAGCAACCUGCUCUUCAGAAAGGCCCAAGCAAGGCCACAACGAAACCUUCACAACUGGACCCCAAACCAAAGGGCACCCGGCCUUUACUCACUGAACCCAAAGUGGAACCUCUUCCAAGGUCAGAAGACGACCAGCUGCCCCAGGACCAACAGUCGCCCGUGGAUCAAAUGGCCGCCCCAGACUGCAGAACUUUAGCUCAAGGGUCUUCUCAAAAGCCUGAAACAAAACUCAGUUCUCCGCUUGGGACCGAUUUAAAUGCGGACGUCCAAAAGGAAGCUGGAGCAGCAGGAGUCAGAGAGCCUUCCAUGAAAAUCCAGCCCCAGGUGAAUCCCAAACCAGAUGCCAAGCCAACUCCAAAAGGACCACAAGCCUCCGUGGGCGUGAAGCCCAGCCAAGCCCGACCUCAGGUCCAGGCCCAACUGCCUCCGAAAGCACCGGAGCAAGCCAAGCGUUUCGGCCUUCUUCCCGCAGGAGGCGGCAGCGAUGCUCCCAAGUCACUUCCCGCAGCCCCUCCGGAAACGGUGACUGGGAAGCUCUUUGGAUUCGGGGCUUCGAUUUUCAGCCAGGCUUCCAAUUUGAUCACCCCGGCAGGCCAGCCAGGAGCUCAGGCACCCGGACCUGCCCCUUCGACCCCCUCCAAGCAGGCCCCUCCCCCUGCCCUGAAAAAAGACCCCCCUCCCCCAUCUCCGAAGGCGGCGCCUGCAAAGAAGGAAGCAAAGCCUCCUGUGGCAGAAAAGGAAGCCGGCCAGGCGGAGGCCCAGAGGAAGCCGUUGCCUGCCCAGGUCUCCUCCCAGGCGCCUGGUGGGGCUGGCAUAGAAAAGAGGCCGGGGCCACCAGAAGCACCCCAAGGGCCCCCGCCGGCCUCCCUGUGUCCUCUCUGCAAAACUGGCCUGAAUGUGGGGUCUGCAGACCCUCCAAAUUACAACAGGUGCACAGAGUGCAGGACUGUGGUGUGCAGCCUCUGUGGAUUUAAUCCAACGCCCCACAUCACGGAGGUUCAAGAAUGGUUAUGCUUAAACUGCCAAACUCAGAGGGCGCUAUCAGGACAACUUGGGGAUAUAGAGAACGUCACACCUCCCGUGUUUCCAAAAUCCUCAGUCAGACCAUCAAGUCCUGCCCUUCGAAGUCGGUCCAAGGCUGCUGAGUUGCAUCAACAACAACAACAGAUUUCAGCAAAACCUGCCCUGGGGUCUGAAAAGUUAAAGACAGGUUCAGAAAUUCAGAAAGAGGAUCCAAAGGUAAAGAAGGAGACACUUUUAACAAAGACGUUUACUGGUAGGAUCCAAGAAGAAAUUUUUAAAAUUGACAUUUCAAAGCUUUCACCAGGAAAAUUAGCAAAAACAACAUCUGCUGAUAAAAUCAUUCAAGGAAUUUCAAAAGAAGAUUCAAAAGCAGACAAGGAAAAAUUGGGAAAAUCAUCAUCUGCUGAUCCAAUUCUUAAAAAAGAAUCAACAUUGGCUACAAUUGAUAAGGGUUCGCAUGAUAAGAUAAACAUGGAACAUGCGGAAAGACCUCUAUCUGAAGACUCAAAAUAUCAGUCGGUAAAACUAGCCAGGGAGGAAAGUCAGAAGGAAGAUCCAGCCACUCAAGUCAAAUUGCCACGUGCUGAUCAGAGUCAGGUGGACAGGGUGACCUUGGGAAAAAUACCAUCGGCUGAUAAAAUCCUGCAAGAUGUUCAAAAGCCAGACCCAAAGAUUUAUCAAGACAAAAUGACAAAGGUAGCCUCAGAUGGCGAAAUUGUGAAAGUUGAACCAAAAUUUCAGCAGGCGAAAUUGGCCAGAAUACUAUCCUCUGAUCAAAUUCAGAAAGAAGAUUCAAAACGAAUUCCAGCAAAAAUAAUGAAAACGGCCUCUGUGGAUCAGCUUUUAAAAGACACUGUGAAAUUUAAGGAACUAAAAGAAGUGAAAUUGCCCCGGGAGGAACCAAAGUCUUCCAAGACAAGUAGCGGCCAAAGACCACCAUCAGAAGCCUCAGACCCCCUCCCCAGAAUCGAACACGUACCAGGACCAGAGCAAGCGCUUAAAGAAAAGCCAGAAGCUGAAAUGCACCUAGAAAUAAAACAGCAGGAAGAUCAUCCCAUGAUAUCAGAAACCACUUCAAAAGCUCAUAAACUACCGGAGAAAAACCUUUCAGAUUUACCUGUGUCAUUGCCAGAAUCUUAUCCUGUGGAGUCAGUGAGAGAAAAAACAGAAAAAGAAGAUGACAAAUCAGAUAUAUCAAGUUCUCAGCAGCCCAAAAGCCCUCAAGGCCUGAGUGAUACAGGAUAUUCCUCCGACGGCGUCUCGAGUUCCCUUGGUGAAAUUCCAAGCCUCCUUCAGGCAGAAGAAAAGGACGCCUUGUUGAAAGAGUCUUUUGAGAAAGAGUCUCCGUCGCAAGGGGGCAGCCCAGCUAGCCCCUCUGACCUGGCUAAGCUGGAAAGCACCGUCUUGUCAAUUCUGGAAGCUCAAGUCACAAGCCUCGUGGAAGGGAAGUCUGGGAGAACCAGAGAGGUUUCUGCUGAGCAGACCAGGGCCUCCCGGGAAGCAGCCCUCUUGCCUGUCACCUCAGAGCCCUUCUGCUCCGAGGAAGAAGGCUUGAGGAAACCGGAGGUUCGAGGUGAAGGAGACCCUGAGCAAGGCAGUAGAGAAACAUUGCCCCCUCAGAAAGGGCCCAAGCAGGCAGCAGGAGGGGCAGAGAGUGCACCAACCAGAAGGCAGCGCUGUGACUCUGUGGAAGACAGCAGUGAGAGCGAAAACUCUCCUGUGCCACGAAGGAGGAGGCGGAGGCAGGCCAGUGCUGGCUCCUCCAGCAGUGAUGACGAAGGCAAAGUAGAAGACAGUCCGGGUUCAGGUGAUGAUGAGGAUUUCAUUCGGAAGCAAAUCAUGGAAAUGAGCGCUGACGAAGAUGCUUCCGGUUCCGAAGAUGAAGAAUACAUCAGGAAACAGUUAAAAGAAAUCAGUGCAAAUGAGACCCAGAAGAAGGAAGAAGUUAAGAUCAAAAAGGGAAUGGCUGGAAAACAUAAGAGGGUGUCACGUAAAAGCACUGCAGGCUAUGAAGAGGAUUCCGGAAGGCGCCAUUCCUGGCAUGACGAUGAUGACGAUGAAGAUGAAGACGAGGCUUUUGAUGAAAGCCCAGAACCAAAAUAUAGGGAGACGAAAAGUCAAGAGAGUGAAGAAAUUUCCGGGGGAGGAGGCCUUCGCCGCUUCAAAACAAUAGAACUUAACAGCACAAUCACAAACAAGUUUUCUGAAGGGUCAGAAACACCAAAGAGAUGUUUAUACUUUGAUGAAGAGCCAGAAUUAGAAAUGGAGAGCCUUACUGAUUCACCAGAGGACAGAUCACGGGGAGAAGGAUCUUCCAGUCUGCAUGCCUCCAGCUUCACCCCAGGUACAUCUCCUACCUCUGUUUCGUCCUUCGAUGAAGACAGCGACAGCAGCCCCAGUCACAAAAAAAUGGGGGGAGAAACCAAGCAGCAGCGUAAAGCCAGACAUCGGACACACGGGCCUCUCCUCCCGACGAUUGAAGAUUCUUCCGAGGAAGAGGAACUCAGGGAGGAGGAAGAGUUGCUGAAGGAGCAGGAGAAGCAGCGCGAACUGGAGCAGCAGCAAAGGAAGAGCUCCAGCAAGAAGUCUAAGAAAGACAAAGAUGAGCUCAGAGCCCAGAGAAGGAGAGAGCGACCAAAAACACCCCCCAGUAACCUUUCUCCAAUCGAGGAUGCUUCCCCAACUGAGGAACUGCGUCAGGCGGCAGAAAUGGAGGAACUGCAUCGAUCUUCCUGCUCUGAAUAUUCGCCAAGUAUUGAAUCUGACCCUGAAGCUUUUGAAAUCAGUCCAGAAAAAAUAAUAGAAGUGCAGAAGGUUUAUAAGUUGCCCACGGCUGUCUCCCUCUAUUCCCCCACAGAAGAGCAGCCCCUUGGAAUGGCCAAGCAAGGGAGCAAUCGGAAGAUUUUGAAAAGUGCAGAGGAGGUAUAUGAAGAGAUGUUGCAGGUGUCUCAGGUGGCCAAGCCUCUUCCAGGUGAAAGCGAAAGGGAGGAGGUGUUCGAGAAGGAGCCUUUGUAUGGUGGCAUGCUCAUAGAAGACUAUAUCUAUGAGUCGUUAGUAGAGGGUGCGUAUAGUGGGGACUCCAACAUCAUUUCAAAACAAGAAGAGUGUGAGGAAUUUAGCCAAGAGGAAGAGCAAAAAAACCCUCCGGAGCAAAUCUCUGAAGAACCUAUGCAAAAACCCACUGAUUUACAAGACACCUAUUAUAGGAUAGAGCUUUUGCAUUCAAUUAUGCCUCAAGAAGACAUUGUCUCCAGUUCUUACAUCAUGCCAGAAAGUCACGAAAUCGUUGUCCUGGACAGUGUUGCACCAUCUUCGAGUGAGGAUAAGCAGCUGCUAGAGGUAGGCAUGGUUUAUGAAGAGCUGAUGAAGCAGCAGGGAGUACAGCUGACCCCGGGCUCCAGCCCUACCCAGUCAUCCCCUGAGUUCAUGUCUGUCACCAAGAGGAGCCUGUCUGGAGAAGCAGGAGAUAGUAAUUCCCUAGUUUCGAGCACUUCUUCAGCAGUUUCAGAAUCAACGUCAGCAAGCCCUGUAGUGCUGCCCAUUCCAGAUGUUAAAAUUACCCAGCACUUCACAGUUGAAGAAAAAGAGGGUAACUAUUUUACUGAUUAUGUCCAUGAGGUGGAAGAAAUUAUUCCCCAGGAAACAUCCAUGCUGGCAUACUCGGAGGCCUUAGAAAGCACCACCCCUAUUUUCCCAUCGGAUGCAUGUUCACUCACAUCCUCUACAUCUUCUGUUUACACCACUGGCACCCCUUCACCUGUAGCUGGACCAGAUGGCAUCACUACCAUCUGUAGAGAUUCAGUAGAUGCUCUUGGUGGACUGCCAGAUUCAGAAGGGGUCGUUUCAAUGGCACUGGCUACUACAAUUUCCCCAGUUGAGGACUAUGAACCUCUGGUGUUGCCCCCCAAGAAGGCACCCAUAGCCAAAGAUGAGGGGCCAGUUACCUUUCCAGAAACUGACUCCUUUGCACCCACUUCUGUGGAAACAAAAUUCACAAGUGUUCUCCCUGCUGCCUUGGCAGAAGAUGGCAAAGCUGGAAGAGACAUGGCACAGUUUAAUGAAGUGAAGAGACUUUCUGAAGAUGAUUAUUCAAGGAUUUCCAUUAACGUGGCAGGAGUAGAUGCUGUAUCUGACCAAGGGUUUAUCUGCGUAGUUCCUUUAUGUACUGUUUCUUCUGAUAUUCCUGCAUCUGAAACUUCUCCAGCUUCUGUUGCUGGUUCCCAAACAUUCUCGUUUUGGGAAAGAUCUCUUGUUCAACCCUCCCUGCCAUAUGCUCCUCCUCCACCCCCACCUCCCCCACCCCCCCCACCCAUUCUGCCAAAGCCAGCCAUUUAUCCUAAAAAGAAGCCACCAGUUAAAACUGCAGUGACCACAGUUCCCACCAUGAUACCCUCCAUCAGUCCUGUCAAAGCAGCAGAGACCUCUGCUAUGCAAACUCAUGUGUCUCCUGUCACUAAAACAUGCGCCCUGACCCCACCCCCCGUCCCCCCUAAGCCAGCAUCAAUUCCAGCAGGGCUUGUAUUCACGCAUAGACCUUCUGAAAUAAUAAAGCCUCCUAUUGCUCCUAAACCAGCCGUUCCCCAGCUACCAGUGGCUGUUCAUAAACCAACAGAAACACAGUCCAAGCCAGCAGGUCUGCCUUUUACCAGCUCCAUGACUUUGAGCUUGGUUUCCCCUGCUGAAUACAAAUUGACCUCUCCCACCUCCCCGUCAUCUCCACAUUCUAAUAAAUCCUCCCCGAGGUUAUCCAAACCCCCUCAGGAAACCUAUGUUGUUAUCACAUUGCCCUCUGAGCCCGGGACUCCAAUCGGAUCCAUUACCAGCCAAGCCACCAGCAGUUGGCCUGGGGGUUCACUCCCUAAGGAACAAGCUCCAGAGGCUGCACAGACAUUAUUCAUGCCGCCUGUAAGUUUGCUGCAAAUGCAUAGUACAACAGAUCAAAGCAAGAGUAUCCCAGAUGCUUUGAAUGCUGUUCCUUCUAUCCCUUUUCCUACUACUGUACAGCCAAUUUUUGGCAUGGUGCCUAAGUCCACCACAGAACUAAUAACAACAGAGAUUGCAAGGACUGCUGUGUCUUUGGUAAAAAACGCCGGGUUAGACAGUGUUUCCAUAACGAUACCCCCAGACACAGGACCUGCGGUGGAGAGAACUAAGUACAGAGAAAACGGAAGGACCCGUGUCUUUGGUGAUGUCAUGGAUCUCCGUACCUUGACUAAGACUAGCACUGAUAGAACAGAUAGCUGUAUGGACCUAUCUGCUACUCCCGCAGAUGUGAGAAGACAGACAAUGGCAGGUGACCCUUCUGGGCAGUGGGUAAGCACCGUUCAGCCAGGGAUCAUCAACCUUAGUUCUGUGUCCAUGGUCAGCCUCUCUUUAGCUCCAGUGGCCGAUGCUGUUUCAGUGGUGACCUGUGCAUCUACUCUCGGUUAUAGUGCAAGCAUAGAAAGCCUCAUAGACCUUGGGCAUGGGAUGUCAACUCCACUUCAGUUGACAACAUUAAAGCCUUUGGGACCUGGUCCUGGAAUAACAGGAAGCCAGGCCCUCUUUGCAGGCAGAGAAGACGCUCCGAUCAACCUCUCCCUGGGUAUGCCCUCAUCGGGCCUUGCCUGGGCCACUACAAAGCCUGCAACCGCACCUCUGGUUGGGGUAACCAGUGAUUGCUUUCAUGCUUCUGCUGCUCACAAAGAUCUGGACAGUGGUGUGGUUGACCUGAGCACUACAAAAUCCUACAGAACGAUGGUGACCGUUGAUGGAACAACUUCAGGAUUUUUUACCACCGUAAUAGAAGACGAUGAAAAACCUGUAGAUUUGACCUCAGGGAAAAGGGCCGUUUGUUGUGACGUGAUUUACAAAUUGCCGUUUGGGAGGAGCUGCACCACUCAAGCCCCAGCAACUGCCCUCCCGGAAGAUCGUUUUGGCUACAGGGAUGACCACUACCAGUACGAGCACUCUGGGUCCUCUGCCUUCAGGGGAGCUGGGGGCAUGAAGCCCUCCAUGUCAGACACCAAUUUGUCCGAGGCUGGGCUCUACCCGUACAAAAGCAAGGACGCCUUUGAGCACCAGGUCGGGCCGGCUGAUCUAGCGGUAGACUUGACUUCUGGCAGAGUCACUACAGGUGAAAUUUUGGAUUAUUCAAGCAAGAUUUCUGAUCCAUAUCCAGAGAGCCAGCAUGUGAUUUCGGGCAUUAGUGCACCUCAGUAUUCCCAAGCGAGAAUGGUCUCCUCCUUAGGAGCCCCCUAUGGAAGUGUGUUGAAAUCCUCUAACGGGGUGGUUUAUUCCUCGGUGGCAGCUCCCAUCCCAUCCACGUUCGCUAUCACCACCCAGCCUGGCUCUAUUUUCAGCACUUCCAUCCGAGACCUGCCUUCUCUUCAUGCUAUUGAUUCAGUGCCUUCCUUGUCAAACUUGCCACAGAGCCAGGCACUCCCAAGGUCAUUGCAAUUUUUGACAACCGUAGCUUCUAAAAAAGACACUUCCGUUGUUGGCAUUGACCCAGGGAUACAGCCUCUCCCUCUAGAAACUAUUGCCGCUGAGCCAACACUGCCUGUCUUUAGUACAGCUUCUGAAGCCUUCCUCGGUGGAAUUGAAGAGGAAGGAAUGGUUCUCAUUGACCCCGAAGAAGACAAGCAACAGCAUCUGGACAUAGAACGUGAGCUGCUAGAGCUUGAAAAACUGAAGCAGCAGCGCUUUGCAGAAGAGCUAGAAUGGGAACGGCAAGAGAUACAGAGGUUCAGAGAACAAGAGCAAUUCAUGGUUCAAAAGAAGCUCGAGGAACUGCACUCCAUGAAGCACCAUCUUCUCUACCAGCAGGAAGAAGAGAGGCAGGCUCAGUUCAUGAUGAGACAAGAAUCAUUGGCUCAGCAGCAGCUACAUAUUGAACAGAUCCAACAACUUCAACAGCAGCUUCACCAGCACUUAGAAGAGCAGAAAAUCCACCAGAUGUAUCAGUAUAAUUACGAUCCUUCUGAAAUGGUGUCCCCAAAAACCACCACAGAUCAAGUCCUCGAUGGCCAGUACACUGCAAGCAACCAGUUCUGGCCUGGUGAGGAGGUGAUUGCCACUACCUCAGCUCUCCUGGGGAUAGAACUUCCAGACAACCAAGGCUGGUAUGCUGUCCAGUCGGAUGGUGUGGCUCAGUACGUUCCCAAGCCAGGGACAUUAAGUUCUGUUUCUGAGCUCUCUCUGAAAGACGUGGAUGCGAGUGAGGAAAAACAACUAAAAAAGAAGAGUUCCACAUCAAAGCUGCACGGCCUUUAUGGGGAACACGACGAAGGCACGGAAGGGGAACCCAGGGGUCUUAAAAAGAUCAUGGAGAGUGGCGUCCAAACGGAUGAUGAGGAUAAUGUGGACUUAGGCUAUGCAGACAGGAGACGCAGAACCAAAAAGAGCGUUGACACAAGCGUUCAGACGGAUGAUGAGGACCAAGAAGAAUGGGAUCCCUCCAACAGAUCAAGAAGAAAGACCCGUGUAGGGAAAUAUGAAGGGAGCAUGGAAGUGGAUGAGGCCAAAGCCUUCUCCAAGGUCUCCAGUGUUGCGGUGCAGACCGUGGCAGAGAUAUCUGUCCAAACGGAACCUGUUGGAACGAUAAGGACGCCAUCGGUCAGGGCCCAGUUAGAUGCAAAGAUAGAAAUAGUCAAACACAUUUCAGCUCCAGAAAAGUCGUACAAAGGAGGAAGUUUGGGAUGCCAGACAGAAACAGAUUCAGACACCCAGAGUCCCCCGUAUCACAAAGCCACUUCCCCUCAGAAAGAUAAAAAGCGCCCAACGCCAUUAGAAAUAGGCUAUUCGUCCCACCUUCAUCCUGAAAAUGCCCUUCAGGCAGUUCCUUCUGCUCCCAAGUCUCCCAAAGUCCUCUAUUCUCCCAUUUCACCUGUUUCUCCAGCUGCAGCCAUGGAGUCGGCCUUUGUGCCUUAUGAGAAGCUGAUGGCUGAAGACACUGGCUCUCAGGACACUCUCCAUGCCGACGUGCCCACCACUCCUCAGCUGAGCCCAGAGUCUGCCAAGAGCAUCCAGCGCUCUUUGUCCGACCCGAAGCCUCUCAGCCCCACGGCUGAAGAUCUCCUCUCCAGAGCUCAUUUCCAGUACACAGACGGCUUCCUGGUAAGAACUCUUUCCUCACGCCUUGAAUUGUCACGCUUGCCAUCAGGACUUCAGAAGAAGGUCAAGCGGACACUUCCCAACCCGCCUCCCGAGGACCUUUCAGUAGGGACACAGCCGGCCUUCUCCACAGUGGGGUCAGUUUCACGCCGGAGGAUAUGCAGAAGCAACACAAUGGCCAGGGCUAAAAUCCUCCAGGAUAUAGACAGAGAACUAGAUUUGGUAGAAAGAGAGUCUGCCAAGCUUCGCAAAAAACAAGCAGAGCUUGAUGAGGAAGAAAAAGAAAUAGAUGCAAAACUCCGGUAUCUGGAAAUGGGCAUAAACCGACGCAAGGAAGCCCUGCUUAAGGAAAGAGAGAAGCGAGAGAGGGCCUACUUGCAAGGGGUAGCAGAGGAACGCGAUUAUAUGUCCGACAGCGAGGUCAGCAGCACCCGGCCGGCCAGGGCAGAAUCCCAGCACGGCCUGGAAAGACCAAGGACUGCGCCCCAAACAGAAUUCAACCAAUUCAUACCCCCCCAGACGCAACCGGAAACUCAGUUUGCCACUCCUACGAGUCCUUACACGCAGUAUCAGUACUCUUCCCCUGCCCUUCCUACUCAGGCACCCACUCCCUAUACACAGCCAUCCCAUUACCAGCAGUCACAACCUUUAUAUCAACAACAGGUUUCGCCCUACCAGACCCAGACCGUGGUGCCCGUCUCCUUCCCUCCCCAGGCCCAGCCCCCACCAACUUUACAGCCUUCCUACCAGCUCUCCUCUCCAUUGAUGAUGAUCCCACAAAAGGCGAGGCAAACCUCAUUAUACAUGGAACCCAAGAUAACCACAAACUAUGACGUCAUCCGCACUCCGUCUCUCAUGAUGGCGCCUGCGUCCUCUGACAAUGCCUACUCGAUGGGUCACCUGGGCAGCAAGUAUAGCACUUUGGAUUUGAGGCUGGGGCUGGAUGAGAGGAGCAGCAUGGCCAGCAGCCCCAUCUCCAGCACCUCUGGUGACUCCUUCUAUGUGGACCUGGAGCACCACAGCACACAUGGCUACGUGCUGCUGGAUGAUAUGGGGGAGCUCACUAAAGAAGCAGCAACCCUGAGCUCUGCCUAUGGGCUGCACGAAAAGGAUCUUGGCAAAGCUGAUAGGCUCCUUCGGACCACCGGAGAGGCCCGGAGAGUGCAAGAGGUCCCCGAUUUCCUCUCAUCCCUGCAAACGUCUUCCAGGUUGCCCAGCUACAUGAAGACCGAGGAAGACUCCAUGGAGGAUCCCUAUGAACUGAAACUUCUGAAACAUCAGAUCAAGCAGGAGUUCCGAAGGGGCGUAGAGAGCGUGGGUCACUUGGCUGGCCUCUCCCACUAUUAUCAUGCAGAUACGAACUACAGACAUUUCCCCAAGUCUGAGAAAUACAGCAUAAGCAGGCUCACUCUAGAAAAGCAAGCUGCCAAGCAGCUUCCGGCAGCCCUUCUUUAUCAGAAGCAAUCCAAACAUAAAAAGGCUUUGAUGGAUCCCAAAUUGUCUAAAUUUUCACCCAUCCAGGAAAGCAGAGACCUGGAGCUUGACUAUUCAGCUUAUUUGGCUUCCAACACCUCCUCAGUUGGGAGCAUCCCCUCCAAAGCAAAACUUCUCCAAGAUGACCUAACUUUUGGCCUUCGGAAAAAUAUGAUAGACCAGCAGAAGUACAUUGCUCCCACUUUGUCUCAUUCCCUGGGAACGAGCCUUGGGGCAGCGCUGAGUGUCACCAUGAGGUCAGCUUUACAGGAUGAGGUGGACAAAUCUUAUGCCAGCGCCACCAGAUCUAGACCAUCCUCAAGACCGUCCUCUGUCUACGGGCUCGACCUGUCGCUAAAACGAGAUACAUCCAGCUCUUCUUUAAGGUUGAAAGCCCAGGAAGCCGAACCCCUUGACGUUUCCUUCAGCCAUGCAGCUCCUUCGGGAAGAACUAAGCCUACCAGUCUACCCAUAAGCCAAAGCAGAGGGCGGAUUCCAAUAGUCGCACAGAACUCAGAAGAAGAGAGUCCCUUAAGCCCAGUGGGGCAGCCCAUGGGGAUGGCCAGAGCAGCUGCUGGGCCGCUGCCCCCCAUAUCUGCAGAUACCAGGGACCAGUUUGGCUCAAGCCAUUCCUUGCCUGAAGUCCAGCAGCACAUGAGGGAGGAGUCACGCGCUCGGGGCUACGAUCGAGAUAUUGCCUUCUUCAUGGACGACUUCCAGCACGCCAUGUCAGAUAGUGAAGCCUACCACCUGCGUCGGGAGGAAACCGAUUGGUUCGACAAACCUCGGGAGCCCCGCCUGGACAAUGGGCCUGCUUUUGACAGAAGGCUGCCAGAUAAGUUAGCCCACUCAAGACCCCCGAGCCAGCAUCAGGACCAAAUUAUUGGGAAGCCCAUCCAAUACACCUUCCCUCAUGCAAGGCUGAGACUCCUGAGCGACCCAAAGGAUCACUCUGUUUCAGGCAAUGGACUUGGGCUUCGAGUUGUAGGUGGAAAAGAAAUUCCUGGAGCCAGUGGAGAAAUUGGUGCUUACAUUGCAAGGAUUCUACCAGGUGGAAAUGCUGAGCAAACAGGGAAACUUAUGGAAGGUAUGCAGGUGCUGGAGUGGAACGGCUUUCCUCUGACGGGCAAGAGCUACGAAGAGGUCCAGAGCAUCAUCGGCCUGCAGAGUGGGGAAGCUGAAAUAUGUGUAAGACUGAAUGUCAUCAUGCUGUCAGAUGGUGAGAAUCCCCAACAUCUGGAAUUGCUUGAGCCGGGGAAGAUGGUGGAUAAAACAAAAUCUCCAGGAGUCGAUCCUAAGCAACUGGCUGCAGAGCUGCAAAAGGUUUCUUUGCAACAGGCUCCCGUGGAGAAGGGGUCCCACGGGCACUCGGGGACAACAUCGGCCACCUCCAGCUCUGUGCCCAGCCCUGGGCAGCCUGGCUCUCCUUCAGUGAGCAAGAAACGGCACAGCAGCAAGCCUGCUGAAGUCUCAAAGGGGGGUCCCCAUCCCAUAACCGGAGAAAUCCAGCUUCAAAUCAACUAUGACAAGCAACUUGGCAAUUUGAUUAUUCAUGUCCUUCAAGCAAGAAAUCUUGCUCCCCGUGACAACAAUGGUUAUUCUGAUCCUUUUGUCAAAGUUUAUCUUCUACCGGGAAGAGGCCAAGUCAUGGUUGUCCAGAAUGCAAGCGUUGAGAACAAGAGAAAGACAAAAUACAUACAGAAAAGCUUGAACCCUGAGUGGAACCAGACGGUCAUUUAUAAAAGCAUCUUCUUGGAGCAGCUGAAAAAGAAAACUUUGGAAGUCAGUGUCUGGGAUUAUGAUAGAUUCUCUUCUAAUGACUUCUUGGGUGAAGUCUUAAUUGAGCUCUCCAGUGCCUCUCCCCUGGAUAACACUCCCCGCUGGUACACUCUGAAGGAGCAGAGUGAAAGCAUUGAGCAUGGGAGAUCCCACUCAGGGCAGAGUAGCCAACCGUCUCCGAAAACAUCAGUCAUCAAGAGCAGAAGCCAUGGUAUUUUUCCUGACCCAUCAAAAGAUAUGCAGAUGCCCACCAUUGAGAAGUCCCACAGCAGCCCAGGAAGUUCCAAAUCUUCCUCCGAGGGACACCUGCGUUCUCACGGACCAUCUCGCAGCCAAAGCAAAACCAGUGUAACUCAAACUCACCUUGAAGAUGCUGGGGCAGCCAUCGCUGCUGCUGAAGCCGCCGUCCAACAGCUCCGCCUCCAACCAACAGCCCAUAAAAGCGGUCAGUCUAAUCAUGCAAGGAAGCUGCACAGACACAGCAUAGCGGGAGUCCUCCCCAUUCAAAGAACUCAGUCUGACAAUCUGCCUCCACCAGCCAGUGACAACAAAGAGCAAAGCCAACUAGCCCUCAGGAAAGUGAUGUCCGAUGGACCCUUCAGCCCUGAAGGAGCCAGGUCUACCACCAACCACAGGCCAGGAGAAAGCUCGGUGUCUUCCACUGGCUCAUCAACCGGAACCUUUGGCAGCGGGUACAGUGUGGACAGUGAAGGAAGCAACGGCGGCAACAACAACGCCGCCACCACUACCACCACCACCACCACCACCACCACCGGGGACCUUUUCCCCAUUCCAAGAAUAGGAAAGAUGAGCCAGAAUGGACAAGAAGCCGUGAAGCAAUCAGGGGUGGGAUUAACAGAGAUUGAAGGUAAAACUCAGGUGAUGGGUGAAAUAAAGAUUGCCUUAAAAAAGGAAAUGAAGACCGAUGGAGAACAGUUAAUAGUGGAAAUCCUGCAAUGCAGGAAUAUAACUUACAAGUUUAAAUCUCCAGAUCAUUUACCAGAUUUAUAUGUGAAGCUCUAUGUUGUCAACCUUGGGACUCAAAAGAGGGUGGUGAAAAAGAAAACGAGAGUGUGCAGGCACGACCGAGAGCCUUCGUUCAACGAGACCUUCCGAUUCAGCCUGAGUCCCUCUGGUCACUCGCUCCAGAUUCUUCUUGUUUCCAAUGGAGGAAAGUUUAUGAAGAAAACCUUGAUUGGUGAAGCGAAUAUUUGGCUUGAUAAAGUGGACCUUAGGAAAAGAAUUGUAAACUGGCACAAACUUUUAGUUAGUUCCACACAAGCCCAUUGAGCAAAGAGGUCCUUGUUUGAUGUCAGACAGAUCAAGCUGGAAGGCUCGACUUGUAUGAUUCCAGGACUCAACUUUGACGUUAGGCUUAGGUAGGUUUUCCAGAAUGUGAAACAAGCUACUCGUGUUCUGGGCUACUUAGCACAUUUUUGUGAGGGCUAGUCCACUGGUUUUACUAUGUAAGAAGCAAGAACAAGACAGCCAAAGAAAAACAUCACACUUGGCUCAGAUGAUAAAAUAAAUCCACCCAAAUAAUGACGGUGAACGGAGAGUUCAGUGGUGUUAAAACCUGCGCAGCCAUGCAGUGAAGGAACGGUAUGCCUGCUCUCGAAGGCAAGAGGAAUACAGAAACUCUGGCUGCGUUCAGAGGCAGACGGGCUCCCAGAGAACGGAACCUGGGUUUUCUUGUGCCAUCGGAAGGAAGGGGUGUCCUUUUAUGCAAAAGCACCUGGGGACUUCCUUCCUUCCUUCCCUCCCUUGCCGAUCAGAAGAUUAUUCUCUUCUGUACUUUCAAAGCAUUCAGAGUAAGAUGGUGCCUCGGGGCAAAUGGCGGUAUCUAUCUUUUAUUUUUAUUUUAAAUAGUAGCAAUGUUUAUAUUUCUUUUCUUGGAGUACCAGUUCAGAGUAACAAUUUCAAUGUUUCUCCGUGAAUAAUGCAGAAUCAUGAUCUUGGAACAUUUAAGUCCAAAGGGAGGAAGAGAAAUUGGGGGCGGGUGGGGGGGUUGGGGAAUCAGGAUUUGUUGUACAGUUGCCACCAUAGCAUGAAAUAAAACGUAGCCCUCAGUGUGUGGAAGAAGCCACCAUCCUCCCUGCCUUUCUCAGUCUCUUGUUUACAAACAGUGGAGUCAGUGAUUCAAAGGGCUUCUAAAGGAAUAUGGUUAUCGCUGUAUGUCACUGUCUGCCGGUCUUGCUAUUGUCGACUACAAGGAACCGAGACUCAAAAGGUCUGUGGUUGGAAGCGACCCAUGGUUCUUGGUGCCAGUGGUUCUUGGCUCGUUCUGGAGUUACGAAUCUUCUUCUUUUUUUCUUUAUGACUUUUAGAAUGUGAUCCCAUCCUCCAUAGUUGGCCUAAUGGCAUACUACAGACUUCAUCCCAAGCACCCACCUCCAUUUGCAAGGGCCGUUCCGCUGAAUACAAGGAAAGUGCAGAGAGGAGGUCUUGUAGGAAUCUGUAAGGCAAGACCACGUCAUCUUAGUUCCAAAACGAUGGAGGGGUUUGUAGAGAGAUCUAAGCCCGCAGCCUUCAUUACUGCCCACUGAGCAUUUUGCAGAAGGAAUACAAAUGGCUUCUGUGGACAAAACAGAAUUAUGGCCUAGCUUGUAGCGAGGCUGAUUGGCUUUCUCUUCUUAUGAUAGAAUCAAGAGUACAUAGGAAUAGAAAGUAAUAAUUUGACUUCAAAUGGCAGUGAUUCUCUUACUACCUUUAAAGUUAAAAUAUCUGAAAAUUAUAAAUUGAACAACAAUGAAUUCUAAAUAUCUGUUUAAUUUAAUUUAAUCAGUGAACAUUUUUCAGGAGCUCCAGAGGCUAGAAAAUAAAUGCAGGAAAGAGUAUUGAAAUUAUAUUUUAUAUUUUAAUAAAGAAACACUUCAUGAGCCAAUAAAUAACCAAGAAAGAGUUCAAAGUCCCAUUUUUGUUUUUAGCCAUUACUUAUAGCUGAUCCUGUGUCUGUAAUGAAAGGGGAGCAAUAGGAUAUUUGAACAUAUGUGACCGGCCAAUGUUCUGACUUGACUUUCAAUCGUCUCCUGAUAAUUAUAUCUGUUUUAAUUUGAUCCUUGGGGACAGUUGGCAUGGCCAUUCCCUCAAAUCACGCGUAAAUGAUUUAGUACUUCAGCCUAUGGGUACCACAAGAGAAGAAGAGCAAAUGUCUUACACAGAUUGGAACUAUCCCUCUGAAGUUUCUGAAGCAGCCGGUCCUUCAUUCAGUGUCAGGUAUCUAGGGGUGUGUGUGAGAGUGAGUGAGUCUUAAAUUAUGAGAUGUGCAGAUGAAUGACAGUUUUGUUCUUCUCAAUGUUUAUAAUGAAGACAAUGACUCUUCCAUUGGUUGCCAUGGAGAUUUCAAGAACUAGGAAGCAACAAUUGGAAGGCUUAUAAAUAAGCCUUUAAUUAUCACUCUUAAUUGGGGAAGUUAGGCUGCUGUUAUGAGGAAGUCAAGAGCAAGAGAAUAUUUGUGUGAAUACCAAUAUUUGUGUAUUUGUUCUUUUAAAAAAUUAUUAAUUCUGCUACCCUAGGUUGAGUGUUCUUUGCCCUCCAGAUUUUUCAGCCACAGGCCUGCAUGGGACCGAGCAACGUUGUUUGGACCGGUCAUAAUUGUGCAUGCUGUAACAGCCCUGCUUUGAGGAGCAUACCUGAUUGUACAAUUUGAGGGUUGUUAGGAAAAAUGGUUUCUAUUUAGGCUAGAAUUUAUUUUCACAUUCUUCAAAUACAAUUGAGUGCUACUGAAGAUGUUGUCUGUCAGCUAAUCCCCCUUGUACUGGUGCUGGGACUAGCAAUUGCUUCCAAAGUGCUUCUUGGGAUCAGAUAUUUGGAUUGUGUUAGAAUCAUUCUAUGCAAUGUAGAAACCCAUUUAAUGCAGUUUCCUUUUUUAUUAAUGAAGACAAAAAAAUAUCAUGGCAAUUAUUUUUUUAUCGGAGAAAAAUCACAGAACCUUAUUGUUUAAGAAAAUGUGUAGAUAUUUCAAUUGUUUUCUUGUUGAUGGAAUGGGGAGAAAUUGUGUUAUAUUUGUUUCUUCCAUUACACAAAAGCAAGACUUCUUAUCUAAAGUUUCUCUUAAUAUGGAUUUCUUGGAAAAUAUGUCUUGUUGGUGGCACAAUUAACUUUAUUGCACAUCACAUGACUGCUGAGCUGAAGAUAAAAAUAGUAUUGUGCAGUAAGUCUUGUUCAGGAGAAAAAAAACGUUGAAGUAUGAGUUAAAGCACAGAAUGUGUACGUGUUUUGACAAAUGAGGGAUCGUUUCUGUGAACACACACACACAUAUACAUACAUACACACCUUCAUCUGCUUGAGUUUAGUGUUUGAGUUCCUGUGAUGAAUGCUAAAAUAUUUUUUUAUUGUCCUAAUUCUUUAAACAAAGGAUGGUAUCCAGGAGCAACACAAAUGCUAUUUAUUUUGUUCUAUGUUCUGCUCUGCCUUCUCCCCUCUGAAAGAACAUCCGUCACAAUUCUUCAAUGCCUACCAGAACAAAUAGGAGUACCUCGUUGUGGGUGCAUCGGAGACACCACUAAAAUUAAAAUCCAGCUCCUUAUUGUGACUUGACUUUGUGUUUUCCUAAAUGCCUAUAUUAUUUAUUUAGGGUAUAACAUGGGUGCGGGGUGAAUCUGUAGCUGGUAACCAGCUGAUAUGGCUUCUUUUUCUUAGGAUGAAAAAGUCAACACUAAACAUCUCUUAUAUUGUAUGUAAGCUAGUGUGCUUGAUACAGAACUAUUCAGAAUUUCCAUUUCUAACUAUUUCAUAUAGAUUUUAAUGGUAUAUUUUUAGUUUUUUAUUUAAAUCAUAUCUGAUAAUUAAAUAUUCAAAUUAUGCCAUUUUACAUAUGAAAGUAUGCCUCUAUCAGUGAGGAGAAGAAGUAAACAAAUUAGUAGCCUAUUUCGUGUGAUGAAGAAAUUGGAGGAAAAUUGAGUGUGUAAUUCUGGGAAAAAUCCUGAACUAGAAAUUGCUGCUAGACUAAAUUAAUAUCUGGAUACUCUCUUUUCAAAUGUAAUUUGUUUACUAGUGGUUUCUGUUAUUUAUUUGCUUACUUAUUUCUGCAAUAUCAUAAGCACCCUAAUGGUUUUUUAAAAACAUAUACUUGUAUAUUAUCAACUUGAACAAUGAUUCUGAAGAAAGCGGUUUCCUUGUAAAUAUACAUUUUUGUAUUUAGAAACACAGCUGAGUUUAGAUUCCAGACCUCGCCUGUUAUUUUAGCAUGUCAUUGUCAAUACAAGUUGGAUGCAUUUUGUAAAAAUGUGAGCGCUCAGCAGUGACCUCAAUGCCACCCUUCUGUUAGACAAAAUUCAUAACUUAUACUUGGAGUAGUAAUGAAAAGAGUAACGAUAACAGGAGCACCAAAGGCAUACCUAUCUUAUAAUAGCUUUUGAAGAGAUGUAAUAUUUGCACAGUGAACGUAGCAUGCUUCUGAGGUGUUUCAUUAAUUUUUGUUUUUUGUUUCUGCCUUCCAAUCCUCUAAGAAAAAUAAUUAUUUCAUCAACAUCUGCAAGAAUGUCCAGAAGAAGAAAGGCUUUUAAAUCAGUGCUCAGAUUUACUGUCUCUAAAAUCCAUGUCCUGGUUUAGUGAUUGUGUACAGGAUGUAUCUUGAAAACCCAUGUAAAAUGUGUUGUUCAAAGGUUGUUAAACCCA